AUGACAAAGAAGAAGCCGAAAGCUCCUGCGCAGUCGACUGAGAAGAGUCCUAAGCCUGACACGACUCUCUCUUCCAUCGACGCGACCAGUGCUCCGACCCCGACCCCGACCCCGACACCACCGCCGCCGGGGCAGCUGUCGUCUAAAGGAAAGCCGGCGCAGGCGUCGACGGCGCCUUCUCCCUUGGUGAUAUGCCGCAAUAAGCAUUGGCGACAUAUAUCCUCCUACCACGGGCAAUGGUUGACUCUUCCCCCCGAAGUGCUCGAGAGUUUGGCCUUCAACAACUUCUAUUCUCCCCGCCCCAAGCCCAUCGACCCGGCCGUCUUCUUCGACCUCGUCAAGAUCAGAAGAUUGAUCGAAGAUGCCACUAGUCUCGCCGUCCGAGCCGCGAACGGCACCACCGCCGCCUCUCUACACACGUCCUUGAAUGCAUCUAACGGCGUGUUCAACGGAGCGGAUGCGGAAAUACUGGGCAUAGGCUCUGCAAGAGGUGGCGGCGGGGCCAAACUGAGUCGGGAACGGAGAUAUCGUAUGAGAGAACAUGCUACGCAAAAGCUGUCCCAUGCAUACCAGCUGGACGAAAUCGCGGCCAGUGUCGCCACCAUGCAGGCGGCGUCGGCAAUAGACGAUGUCGCGAAACACGUUCUACAACGCAACGUGGAAGAUCCGGACGCACAAUAUGUGCACUUCUUCCACGAAAAGGUCCCCUCUUUGGGUAUGCCCCAGCAUACGAGUCUGGAUUCCCUGAACGAUGUCAUUCGCCAGAAGCCGACCGACCCAUCUCCAUACCGAACCAGAGCGGUUGCACGAAUCUUCAAGGACGACUUUGAGGGUGCCGCGCGAGAUUGUACAGAUGGACUGGCUGUGCAACGGCUAUACCAUCCACAACAUCAGACCGAUGGUUGGGAUAUGAUUUUGGCGAAUGACGCUACCAAGACCGGUCGAGACCAUCGCGUUGAGGAGAAGGACCAGCCCAGCAGCCUUGAGCCCCAACUGCUCUUUCACCGUGGUGGAGCAUAUCUGACCCUGGCGUGCGAUAACAUCGGACGAGCAUUACAAGGUGCACGUCCACGGGACCCUGUCUUGGAAGGCCUCCAGCACAACGACGAGACGGCAGGUCAUCCCGUGACAGAUGCAGAGAGGGAAGAAGCAGAGACUCGAGCAGAGGCACGCAAACUAGUCCGAACGUAUGCGAAACGGGCUCUUCGAGACUAUACGGCCUUUUUGUCACACCUGGACUACACUCCUGGGCUGCCGGUGGAGUAUACAGAAGCGUUGCUGGAGAGGCUAAGCUCCACCACCUUGGGCAAUGGGCUCACAGAAGCUCUGACCAAGUAUGAGAACCAGAAGCGUGGGCAGGAAGCCCACAAUCUACCUCCCAUUCCGCCUCCAUCGGUGCGCAGAUUGAACACCCUGUUUGCAGCCGUGCCUCCUGAUGACAUACCCCCCUACCCCCCCGAGGCGGAUACAGCUCAACACCAAGAUCCUCCCAUUUUCUCGCUCUCAGACUUCUCCGAAGCGGUCACGUAUCAUCCGCUGCUGACAGAGGUCUUGCACUCCCUGCUGCUCUGUCAUUGCCUCCUUCAGACAUCAACAAAAGAACAUCUGCGGCACGCGUAUAUGACGGCGCGGAUUGCCCGGAUCUGCGACGGAUACCCGAUCUUCCUGGCACCACGCUCACCUGCCCGGGCAGACUGGAUAGAAGUCAUCCGUCGGUCGAAAAAUUGGCUGGGCCUGGAGGCCAGCUGGGAGCGUUUAUGUUCCCCUGUUCCACUCUCGCAACAUGACCACAAGCCCCCGCCAAGCAAGCGGAAAGAAGAUGUAAACGGGAGUCUAAAACGGACCAAACAGGGUGAGAUCAAGGAGGCAAUGGUAGAAGAGCGGCUGAUGGCACAAGAAACGUCCAGAGUUAGUGUUCAAGCCCAGGAACCGAAGGCUGCUCAAGAAGAGGAAGAAGCUGCCCGCGAGAAGGAGAACCGAACAAAAGUCGUCGAUAACGACAUCAAGGAGACAGUUAACGGGAGUGAUACCAGGUCGCAUUCGUCAACACGACGGUCUCAGAUGGAGGGAAAGAAAUCUUCCAUCAGGACGGAACGAGCAGAAGCCAUUGCCCGGUGGAUCAUGGAGGCGCCUCCACCAAGCUCAAUUGACGGAGGCAGCCGACCGAAGCGGAAAUCCGGGGUAAAGGCGAGGUUGAGAAAGGCAGCGAGCGCAGCCUCGAGCUUGAGGGAGACUGGCUUGGAGCAAAGUGUGGAUAGUCUCGACCUCGUUCAUUAA